UUGUGACACCACGGCAAGUCACAGAGGUCCUGCCUGUUCCUAAGAGAAGCCCUCUACCCUUUCCUGGUGAUGCCUUACCCCCUCGGCAGAGUUGUGCUCCAGUGAGGCUGAUGGGGAAGGAUGGAGUUUCUCGGAACCACUCAGGCUGCCAGUUACUGCGGCCCCAGGAAAAGUUGUGACUUCACCCAGAGGCCUUCUACUGUGCAGGCUCCUGUGGUCCAGGAGUGCUACCAGCCCUAUCACCUGCCCGGGUACCGCUACCUGAAUGCGUGGAGACCCAGCCUCUUCUACAAGAUUUCCACACCCCAGACUUGCCCCGAUGAGUGUCGCAGCACCCUGCGUCCACCCACUGUCCUGCCUGCACUCCGCUCUGCACUCUUCUGUCGCUACAGCCCCCACGACUGGGACCAGUCCAACCAGCAGCAGAUCCGCGGGGCCGAGGCCUCACGGUUGUGGGCCAGCCGCCUGACAGGUGAUUCCAUGCGGCUCAUGCAGGACAAGGAGCAGCUGACGUGCCAGAUGCAGGAGGGCACCUCCUGGAAGCUGGGCCAGAGGCUGUCGGACAUCGGCUUCUGGAAGUCUGAGUUAUGCUACGAGCUCGAUCGGCUGCUGGCCGAGAACCGCAGCAUGGAGAACAUCAAGAGGCGGCUGGAGUGUGCAGCUGAGGAGCUGAAGUGUCCACUGCAAGUGGCCCUGGAGUGCCUGUACCACCGGGAGAAAAGGAUCGGGAUCGACUUGGUUCAUGACAAUGUGGAAAAGAAUCUUAUCCAGGAAGUAGAUUUGCUAAAAUGUUGUCAAGAACGGAUGAGACAAUUAGCUCAAAGAGUUGAUAUCCAGAUGCGUGACAACCGAGAUGCUCAGCACGCCCUGGAGAGAGACCUGGAGGACAAAAGCUCAGCCCAGUUCAUCGACGAGAAGUGCUUUAACCUGAGGAACACAUCAGACUGCAUCAGCUACUUCCACGGCAUGGAGAAAGUUGAUGGCACGGUCUCUGUGCCUGAGACCUGGGCCAAGUUCAGCAAUGACAACAUCAAGCACUCUCAGAACAUGCGGGCCAACUCCAUCCGGCUGCGGGAGGAGGCCGAUCACCUCUUUGAGAACCUGUCAGAUCAGAUGUGGAAGCAGUUCACGGACACCAAUCUGGCUUUCAACACGCGCAUUUCAGAGGAGACGGAUGUGAAGAAUAAACUGCAGACGCAGCUGGCUAAGACGCUGCAAGAGAUCUUCCAGAUGGAGAACACCAUCAUGCUGCUAGAGAGGGCCAUCAUGGCCAAGGAGUGCCCACUGAAGGUGGCCCAGACGCGGCUGGAGUGCCGGAGCCGGCGCCCCAAUGUGGAGCUGUGCAGGGACAUUCCUCAGUUCAAGCUCGUGAAUGAGGUGUUCACCAUCGAUGACACCCUGCAGACCCUGAAGCUGAGGCUGCGGGAGGCACAGGACACGCUGCAGCUGCUGGUGAUGACCAAGUCACGGCUGGAGCACGAGUUGGCCAUCAAGGCCAACACCCUGUGCAUUGACAAGGAGAAGUGCAUGGCCAUGCGCAAGACCUUCCCCAGCACCCCACGCCUGGUUGGCUACACCUGUGCUGCUCCCUGCGUGGGCCCCUGCACCCCCUGCUCCACUCCAGUUUGCUAGACUGCAUGAAGUUCGAAAAGGCCAGAAAAUAGAAGAGUCAUUUUCUUCCUAUCAUGAAAAUAUAUA